CAAGCUGAGCCUGGGAUUCUGAGCAGCCGGUGGCUUUAGGAGAAACUGAAACUUGGCUUGUUGGGGGCGGAGUGGUCACCGGGGAUUUAAAGAGCUGCCACUUCCUUGGGCCCCAAGAGGGCACUGGGAGGUCACAGCAGCUGAGGGAAGCCCUGAGCGGGUGUGAGCCCCUGUUCUCCUCCCCGCCAUGCACCUCUGCGGGGGCGACGGGCCUCUGACCAGGACGGACGCUGAGGAGCAUCAGAGGCAGCUGAGGAAGAAACAGAAGAACCGGGCGGCCGCCCAGAGAAGCCGGCAGAAGCACACGAACAAGGCGGAUGCCCUGCACCAGCAGCAUGAGUCACUGGAGAAGCAGAACCACGCCCUGCGGAAGGAGAUCCAGGCCCUCCAGGCCGAGCUGGCCUGGUGGAGUCAGACCCUGCACGUGCACGAGCGCCUGUGCCCACUGGACUGUGUCUCCUGCUUGGCUCCGGGGGCCGCUGGCUGCUGGGGCCAGGCCGAGCGGCCCCCAGGCCCCGUGCCCCACGGACAGCAUGGCUGCCAGGAGCAGCUGGGCCUGUUCCGGACCCCAGUCUCUUCUCCCUCGGCUCCGCAACCCUCUCCAGACCCACAGCCUGCUGGCUCCCUCGGCCUCCUCCUGUCCCCUCUGCCCUCACUGUCCCUUGGUCCCGCUGCGGUCACUGCAACUCCUGCCCAGUCCACCUCACCCGCUGGCUCCAGCCUACUGAGACCUUCCUCUAAGCUCAACACCCUCCUGCCCAGCCCCCCAGCCCAAGCCGCCCCUCUAGAGUCCCUCAGGCUGGAGCACCCCACCAGGGGGAAGCCGGGGGCCUCACCCCACAGCCCCUCGGCUGCUCCAGGGCUGGGGUCUCUGCAGGACAGGGAGCAUAAGCCGGCUUCCUCAGCAGCAGAUUGGCAAGGGCCCAGCCCCCACCCCCUCCUGGACUUCCCUCUGCUCUCUUCUGCUCAAGUUCACUUCUAACCCGGCCCCAGAACUGGGCUAGCCACUUCCUUGGACCCAGGAAGCAGCCUCAGCACACAGGCAUCUCCUCUGUUGCUGCCGGGGGCUGCUUUUCUUGGCUGACCAGCUAACUAGGAGUGGAAAAGACACAGAGGCUCAGAGAAGCCAAGUGACUUGUCCAAGGUCACACAGCCUUUCUUGGGACCUGAAACAUCACAAUCUGCUCCUCCUUCUCCUGGUGGGAUCCUGGCCCAGGCACCCUAGGGGCUGGGGUCCUAGAAACCUAGAGUCAGCAUGAGAGGUUUAAGUUGGGAGUGGGGAGGGACUCUCCCUUUUGUUUUGUGAUUCCCAGGGCCACAAAGCCCUGUAGUUUCUGAAAGUUUGCCCUUACUGGGGCUGGUCCAGGGUCCAAACCCAGGUGGUGAAGGGCCAUGCAGGAGCCCAGAAGAGAAUCCUUUCUGCUCCUAGUAGUUUUUUCAGUGCUAAAGAGCUGAACCUGUGUGUUGGAGUUGUGGACAAGCCUGGAGCAGUCCCCUCUGGGAUUUCUACAUACUGAGGGUCCAUAGCCACAUGGUGACCUUGGGGAGAUUCUGAAGGGUCAGCUCACCAAGCUAUCCCCAAAUAGCUCCCUACCUCUCCCUUCCUCCCAGGGCCAUGGUGAGUGGACUUCUGAGAGCAUUCAAGUCCUGCACAAAAGGCAGGUGAAAAGAAUGAGGGAAGGACCAGGUGCAAACUUAGGUUUAAGCAAGUGCUGGACUUGAACCUUUCGCUCUGUGAUUCCCUGCUUCCCAGGUGGUGCUAGUGGUAAAGAACUUGCCUGCCAAGACAGGAGACGUAAGAGACGUAGGUUCCAUCCCUAGGUUGGGAAGAUCCCCUGGAGGAGGGCAUGGCAACCCACUCCAGUAUUCUUGCCUGGAGAAUCCCCAUGGAUAGAGGAGCCUGGUGGGCUCUAGUCCAUGGGGUGCCAAAGAGUUGGACACGACUGAAUGACUUAGCACUUAGCACGCAGUGAGACCGGUAUCUUCUUCAGUACCGCCCCCAUCCCUGUGCAGCCCACAGACCCCAUUACCCUCCAGCCCCUCUGAGCAAUGCCCCUGUUGCUCUUUGGCCUGAUGGAGCAGGGGCCUGGGACCAGAUAGGAGCGCAGUUGCAGCACCUUCUUGGGGGUGGGGGUGGAAGUGGGGGAUGGUGGGUUCUCAUUCAAAUUCAAGACAAACACUGUAAGGGGACAGAGAUGAGAAACUCCAGCUCUUCACCAGAUUUACACAUGUAAGCAGACACUAGGCUAGUAUUGGACACACUCCAGGAAAUGCUGAGCACUUGGUACCUAUGUUAUGGCAAAUAAAGUGUUUUCCAAUUC